UUAAAAUGUGUAGUUUGUUGAUGAACACACCUUUCUCUGAAUACCAAUUUUGCAGAUCUCCGACGCAGCGGCAGUCGGCAUCCGCCAAUACCAGGAGGAUAUCCUCCGUGCAACGCAGGUUUACCCCAAGAGGAGCUUCAACACGUCAAGACUACCACUUUGAUGAUCCCAACAAUGACAACAUUUUCAAGGACUAUUUUGUAGGUGAAUACGAAGAGAAAUUGGAGAAGAUGAGGGAUUUAGUUAAGUCUAAGGGAGAUGAAGAUGAUCUAAUGGAGAACAUGAUAUUUGUGGACACGAUCCAACGGCUAGGCGUGGCUGGUCAUUACCGGAAGGAGAUUGACGCAAUUAUGCAGAAGCGUUGUUUGAAAUUAAGAGAUGUUGAUUUUUGUGGAUUUCAUUCAUCGCUACAUCAAGUUUCUCUUUCAUUUCGACUGUUGAGACAAAGAGGACACCAUGUAUCUGCAGAUGUGUUCAACAAUUUCAAGGGGCAGGAUGGGAAGUUCAGAGAUGAACUAAAGCAAGAUGUUUGGGGAUUGCUUGAAUUAUAUGAAGCUACACAUUUGAGUUUCGAAGAAGAAAAUAUACUCAACGAAGCGCAACAUUUUAGCAGCCAAUUACUGCAUAACUACUUAGCUGCCAACGCCAGCUCUAACGUUGUGGAAAUGAGAUUUAAGCACCCUUUUCACAAAAGCAUUGCAAGAUUGAACUUCCAAAGAGAUGUUAGAGGCAUCGAUAAAUGGACGACAACGUUAACAGAGCUUUCGGAAAUGGAUUUUCUCCGGGGAAAAUACGUUCAUAGAGAUGAACUGCGCCAACUUUCCAUGUGGUGGAAAGAUUUAGGGUUGACAAGAGAGCUGAAGCUGGCAAGAAAUGAGCCAAGUAAAUGGUACACAUGGUCCAUGGCAAUGCUGAUUGAUGAUAUCAGCCUUUCUUCACAGAGGCUUCAGCUCUCCAAAUCCAUUGCUUUUAUUUAUUUGAUUGAUGAUAUUUUUGAUCUUUAUGGGACCAUAGAUGAAUUGACUCUCUUUACAGAAGCAGUUCAAAAAUGGGACUAUGAUGCAAUGAAUAUGUUGCCAGACUACAUGAAGCAGUGUUACAAGUCAUUGCUUGAUACCACAAACGGAAUUGGAUGGACUAUUUGUGAAAAGCAUGGAUACAAUCCUAUCAACUCUCUAAAACAAACGUGGGCAAGUUUGUGUAAUGCAUUUCUAGUGGAAGCAAAAUGGUUUGCCUCAGAAGAUUUGCCAAAUGCAAGUGAGUAUUUAGCUAAUGGAAAGGUGAGCUCUGGGGUGCAUGUUGUGCUAGUCCAUUUAUUCUUUCUUUUAGGUCACAAUGCAGCAAAUUUGGAUGAUAUAUCCAAUCUCAUUUCAUCCGUUGCUGCAAUUCUUCGCCUUUGGGACGACUUAGGGACUGCCAAGGAUGAGCAUCAAAAUGGUACAGAUGGAUCAUACAUACAAUGCUACAUGAAUGAUCAACCGGGCGUAUCAUAUGAGCAAGCACGAGAGCAUGUCUCAGAUAUGAUAGAAAGAGAAUGGAAACGGCUCAACAAGGCGUGUUUCAAUCUGAACAUUCACUCGACACGGCCCAUUCAAGAAGCUUCUCUUAAUCUUGCAAGAAUGGUGCCCCUCAUGUAUAGUUAUGACGACAGUCAACGGCUUCCGGUGCUUGCAGAAUACAUGAAUCUUAUGUUGCUAAGUCCAGCAUCAUUGGAGCCACAAAAUAAGAUCAACUCAUCAGAUUUCUCUCUUUAGUGUACUCCUCAUUAUAUAUGACGUCUAGUGAUCUAGAAUAAGGCUUGCUUGCCGUGAAUAUAUAAGGCACCAGAGACGAGAACGGGCAUUGUAAUCGAACAAACGCUUCAGUCUUCAAAUAAUUCACAUCAAUUUUGCUACAACUGUAACACCAAAAUUUCCAUUGUAGAGCAUAUAUAGUUAGAUCUAGAUUACACAAGUGGUACAUAUAAUUCAACCAACGU